AUGCAUUGUCUUCCGAAUUGCAGAAAGUCCGAAGGCUCGAAGGAAGACGAGAAGCAGCAACAGCUCCCAGUGGAUGAGAAUCGUUGCGCCUGCUGUCUGAAGCCGUUCCUCCUUGCUCGUAGUGUACGUUGCAGCGAUUGCGGUGGCAGAUCCUGCAGGAAAGGCUGCUCCCAUUGGGACUCAUCCGGCAACGCCUGGCACUGUCUGUUCUGUCGUCAGCAAAGGCACUGGUUAAAUAAAACCGCGCUCGCGGCCGCCGAGGAAUCGAUCGACCAGAGAGAUCUACACCGAUUCUUCAAUACGGCUAAAUCACGGGUCUACGUUGCAGGAGUGGAAAAUGCAGCGGCCAGCUCGGGCCUGGCUACGGCCAGCGCGAAAGAAGAGGCGCACGCGAUGGAAACUGUACGAGACUUCGUUGAGAAGAUCGUCGUGGGUUUAAUCGGGAAGAUGGACGACGCGCCGAUCAAUCGGCUGUACGAUCAUCCGGCAUAUGACAAGCUUUUGGAAGAGCUUAUUAUUCCCAUGGUCGACGCUCUCACCCGUAUGGCGUUGGUUCUGCGAUUGUCGUUGUCAGACAAACCGAACGGAGACACGCCGGCGAUGGCCCACACAGCGCUCCGGGAGAUCGUCGAGCGAGCUGUGGACGAGGCUCGAAAGCUACCAGGUCUGGGUGGUGGUUCCACCGAGACCGGACGGUCGUCAGAUACUCGGAACAUCGUCGAUCACAGCUACGAAGACCUACUUGCGACAGCUAUACUGAACAAGGUCAUCGAGAAAUACCAAAAGGAACAGGUGGACGGUAAUAGCAACGUUCUCCACGGGAAACCGGUGCCAGCGUCCAAGUGCGCGAUAAGCGAAAGCGAGAUAGGAUUCGGCGACGGUGUCGAGGAUGGUUGCAGCAGUUUGGAGCCAUUGUCGCAGGACGAUUGCAGCAGCGACUGCAGCCAAUCCGGCUCGAGACAACCGAGGAACCAACCGGAACCAUUAUCCCUCACGAUAGAGGAACGCAUAGAGGAAGUGACCACCACGUACACGUCCGGAGAGGAUCCCAAAGAUAACGAUGCGUUGGCCAUUAGGAACACCCAUCGAGUGCCAUUUCCGGAACUGGGGAUGGACAUCAUCGAUCCUUCGCAGGAAUCGGAGGACAGCCAAGACGAACCGGACACACCGACAACGCACAUCGGUCUGGUGUCUCCGUUAGGUUCGUGGGAGGAGAAUUGGUUGUUCCAAAAGAAACGGGUCCAGACCCAAGCUGAUCCGGUCGCCAUGUUGGUACCGAACCCCAGCGCCGAUUUCAAAGCUCUGAUCGGCGACAAAGACGCGGAGGACACGUCUGACCUGUCCGAGUGUUCCUCCGCACAAUCAGAUGAAGAAAUCGAGAAGGAACUAAUGGAGGCCAUAAUCAACGUCGUUCCACGAUCACCAGAGAAAUCGGUAUUCCGAAAUGGAUUAGAUAUCCAUCCGAAAACCUCGAAUAACGGAGUCGAGGACUCGAAACAGACUGCAGUGUCUGUACACACAAAGAUCGAAGAGAACGAAAAUAAAAUUAUCGAAGAUCAGAUCAAAAAAGAGAGACAAGACGAUUUUAAACCAGCUUUGGAGAACGGGAAAGUUGAUCGAAAUGAAAAUGUUGAAAAUGAAAUUGAAAAGUCAUCCGAGAAAGUCGAGGAGAAAGUUACAGAGUCGACGAAUACGAUCGAGAAUAAUUCGAAGAUCAAGAUGGAAUGCGAACCGAUCGAAUUCAGGGGAAAAACGGAAAGUGAUGAAAAUUUGAACGAUUCAAGGAAUGUUGAAGCAACUGUGGAAAAGAAGGAAUUUGUGGAGACUAAUUCAUCGAAUUGCUAUAACUUGAGUGAGACUACUACGACCUUCAAAGUGGAAGAUACUGCUUCGAAUCUGCCAAAGACGCCCACGUGCACACCGAGGCAGGUUUCUGUAACGGAAGGGAGCGCUGAAAUCGCGAACCACGCGGAAAUGCUCGCUUUGAAGGAUCAAAACGUCUUGAGCUCGUUGGAAUCCGCUAAGAUGAAGCUGAUGGCCGUGGACGAGGAUACUUCAGAGACGAUCCAGGAAGAGGAGAAGUGUGCUCAACAGGAAAACGAUUUUCACGCCGAGGAUAUCCAACAGGAAAGCGAGUACACCGAGCACUACGACAUCGCGACGCAAAGACACUUGGACAGUUUAACGAAAACUGAUGUUCCAGUCGUGGAAAAUUGGUCGUUAGAUGGUAAACCGGACGACGAGUUACCGGAGAAUGAAGAAAGCAGGUGCCGUGAGGCUGUGGCUCUGGCCAAGGCUGGAUCGGCAUCGAGAUUGUCUCUGCGGAACGAGAAGGAGCAAGAGACCCAGCUUGCAGCUCCUCCGAGACCAGGAACGAUAGCCGAACGAGAGCACAAGAAAUGGGAAAACGCUCCGCCUAUCCAGAACAAUCCCUACAGCGAGGAGAAUAUCCAAAAAAGGCUGUGGGAGAGACAAUACUCGAGAAGACCGUCCGAUAUUCCUGGAAUCCAUGCCGAAUUGCCGAAGAGCAACGGGACGGAUUUGGAAGUCGUUCUAACGCCCCAAGAACCGGACAUUAAAAGGUUCGGCAGGGACUACUACAUCAACUCACGAGCGUCGAUCAACGAGAAAGGACGAAGAUCAACCGCGUCCACCUCGAGCAGACCGAGCAGCUCACUGUCCCAGGGAUCGAGCUCGAUCGGGCCCGACCAGGAACAACAGGAGGACCCAAGGUACAAGGAGACCGAGUACCUCCUGAAUAGGAGCAACGAUGUGAAAUCGAAGGUGGCGAAAUGGCAGAGGAACAACAAUCUGGAGACCAGCUACCAGUCGCCCCCUGUCAGGCAGACGGAAUGUUCUAACGAGACGGAGAUGAUGAACAAAGGCGAUAGGACCUGGGAGGACCAGAGGAUGGAGGAGAUCCUCGAGAACGAGAGGAAGAACAACAAGAACGAGAUAAACGCGAAGCUAAACAACCAAGAGACUUACGACGUGAUCGAGACGAAGAAAUCGAACGCUGAAGAGAACCAGAAAAAGAUCAAGAGGAUCGAUCUUAAAGCGUACGGAUUCGAGAACGAGUUCUGCCUGAACAAAAGAACUACCAAGACCACUAGCCCCAGGGUAGUGAACAAAUUGGACCUGAAGUCAUUUGGUUACGAUGGUGGGAUACGACGAACUCAGUCCAAUAUACAUUUGAACAGCAUCUCGAGGGAUGACUUCAAGCCAAGAAUCACCAACAAAUCGAACCUGACGCGUCACAAUGAUUAUGAUAAUGGUCACGACAUGGUGCAGACUCAAGCUUCAGGGGACAAUAACUUGACCCAAAGCACGGAGGAUCUGAAUAAGUUCGAGGAUGAGACUUACAACGGGUUUGGACUGAAGUCAGCUAAAUCGGUGCCAAAUAUAGCGAGGUAUUGCUCGAAUACGGAUAGCAAUCAGGAGGACGAGGAAGUUGAGAGUUAUCAUCAGAACUCGUACUCGGAAUUGGGGACAAUGAAGAAUGGGUCUGUCAGGAGUCUGGCUAGUACUUACAGUCUAGAGAAGUCAAACGUGAAGAGUACUGAGUCUUCUGUGGAUGAGUCGGGAAACGACACGGAUAAUUCCUCGGAGAGGGGCCAGAGUCAGUCGUUGACUACUGGGAACAGCAAGCUUUUGAGUGAAGAAAGUCUCGAUCGGAAAGUAUUGCCGCUACCGUCGGUUAGGAGGCUUGCUCAGGCGUUCAGCAAACAGGCCGAACCUGUUGCUGCACCUGUUUCGAAGAUAAAUAAAACGAGCAACGUGAGCAAAGAGAGGUCAUCGACCCCAGAGGUGCAAAUAGUCGAGACCCCAAGGCAAAUGCACAGUUUGACCGCCAGGUCGCUUUCGAAACAAUUUCGAGAGGGCCUCAGGCAGAUUCCGAACAAGGUCACUUCACCUCCGGCUAGUCACGUGACGAUGGAACAGACCGCCGACACGCAAGAAAGUCAACCGGAAGUGAUUCAAACGACGAUCGACAAUAUCGCCGGCGACACAAAAGUAAUUCUACCGGGGAAACUGAAGUCAAAUAUAAUAUUCUGGGAACAGAUGCAGAGGAAAAGUUGAAUUGCUCGUCCAUAAGUGUGUAUCGUGAACGGUUUCGAAAAUUGUAUUUUACUUCGAAACGUCUCUCGUUGCAGGGGAAAUUGAGAGAAUUAUUAGGUAUACCAAUAAG